ACUUUACAAGACCUUUACCCAUUCAAGGUUUCCUCUUUCGACUUUCUUGUUUACUAUCCUGGAUACUCUUACUCCCAUUACUCCCCUCAUCAUGGGCCGUACCGUCGAUCAGGAGGUACACGCGGCGUUUGUCGAGUUUCGCGCCAAGGAAGAUGACAAGUGUCUCUCCGUUCAGUGUAUAUACUGCCAACAAAUUCGAGCAAAGAACACUUCGCGACAGAAACAACAUCUCCUUGAAUGUCCAGGUCUGCGCGGUCACCCCAACGCGCCUCAGCCUUCCCAGCCCGCCCAGGCCGCCCCUAACGGAAUCGGUCCUCCCAAUGGAUACCCCGGAACUCCCAAUGGCCCGACAGCCACCCCAUCAGGUCCAGCUGGUCCUGGUACUAUCCCAACCCCCAACGGCACCCUCAUGACCAAUGGUGUCAACCCUCAUGCUACUCCAUUGCAGACCCCGCUGGGGGCCCUCCAGAAUCGCGCUACAAUGGCAACCCCGGUCCCGGCUACCGGUCCUCCCUCCGCGCCGUCAAGCGCAGUGCCCUCGCGCCCAACUCCCAAACCAAAGGCCAAGACAUCAAGUUCGAGCUUGCCUGCGCCCCCGCUAGACGAUGUGCACGCAGCUUUCGUUGAGUUCCGCGCAAAGGAAGAAGACAAGUGCCUGUCCGUUCAAUGUAUUUACUGCCAGCAAGUUCGCGCGAAGAACACUAGUCGCCAGCGCCAACAUCUGCUGGAGUGUCCUACCUAUCUCAGCGUGAUGAAGGACUCGAUCCCCGCCAACAACCUGCUUCACACAUUCCCCGAAGGUGAUGUCGCCCGGUCACUUCAGAUUCCCGCGCCGUCGCUGGAGCUGGAUUUCCGCAUGAGCAUCAAAAUGAACCCCAAGGUGUCUGUUGGUCCCAGUGUUUGGGGCCAAAGAGAGUGGGUCUCCUUCAUCGGCGGCCAAUGGGCCGGUCGAUGGGGUAAGGGUAUUGUUCUGCCCGGUGGUCAAGAUACACAGAUCGUCACCAAGGAUUCCACUACCAACCUUCGUGCGAGUUAUAUUCUCCAGACUGUCGAUGAGCCACCCGCAUUUAUCAUUGUGCGUACAGAAGGAUGGUUGACAGGCGCCAAGGAUGUUCUCGAAAAGGUCAUCGAUGCCAACAUGGCAGAUGGUGUCAACCCCGGCAGCUAUAAGUACCGGGUCAAUUUGUCCAUGGAGACCGGCGAUGAGCGAUACACCUUCUUGAACACCUUGAUGUGGAUCGGCAGCGGUUGCCGCAGAGGUCAUGAAGUCAUCUUCGACUCGUUCCGUGUUAACUAGCUCAAUGCCCUUGUCAACAGAUGAUGUCUUGUCCGUUAUUCAGCGAGUUCGUGUCUUCUUAACUUCAACUUCAACUUUGAUGGGAAAACGGUGUUUCUACUUUGCCAUUUCUUGAUACGCGGCGCAAUGUUUCUAUGAUUCGAUUCUUCUCACCACCAUGACUUUGUUCUUACGUCUCUCUUUGUUUGAUUUCAAGCCAUGGGUAUAUCAGCCACCCUAGUUUCCCAUGUGUCUGCCGCAAUUAAGCUGAUCUUUGAGCUCUGCGUUGUCUUUGCUCUCUAUUUCGAGUGUCUUUUGUGGUUCUUCUUCUGAUGUAAUUCUUUGAUGGCUCUAUUAUCAAAUAGUCGGUCUUGUAAGGUAUUGCUAGCUUUUGAGAUGUUUUUUGUUAUCUUGAUCUCGGCUUUUCAUGCCCUGUCUCCAAUUCGGGCUCUUACUUUUCGAGUGAUCUUUCUU